UCCAAAAUCAAGGGCGAUUUUAUGUAUAUUUGUGUUCUCCCGGAUCACACGAGCAAGUUAAUGAAGCAAUCUUUCUUAAGUUUGCAAAAUUAAAGGUCGCACUUAUCUUACUCUGCUUGCUGACAGAUUUUUUAUUUAAACAAACAAAAAAACUCGAAAUUAGGACAAUAUCGUUUGCAGACACUUACCAACUGUACCAAGCCAUUGGAUCAAGAUACGAGCAGCCCACUAUCAUAUAAAUUACCUCACGUAUGACACACAGGAAAAAUCCUUUAUCACAAACAAAACUAAAAACUCACUUAACUUUACAGUGUCAGACUCACUCCUAGCAGAUGACUGCGGAUCAUUCGAUCGCGCAGAAGCCAUCAUGUCCGCAAUUUUCCAUUUUCUCUUCCUGACAUCUCUUGCAGCCAAAUCUUACUCAGGAAUAAAAAGUGCUGACCAAGAUUGGGGCCCUUCUGACCGAGCAGCUGAACAAAGCUAUUUUCUUGAAGAGGAGUUCCAUUAUCUGGACGUUACUCAGAUCAGAAAGUUGGCGAUAUUCGACAUGUUUCAUUGCGCCCUGGCGUGCCUCCGAAAUAAUUUGUGCCUCUCUUUAAACAUGGCCACCUCUCAUGGAACAGACGGAAAACUUUGGUGCGAAUUACUGUCUUCUGAUAAAAACAGAAACGCUGAGAACUACCACAAAAACACGAGUUCGCAUCAUUUUUUCAUUCUGCGGUCUCCUUGUUCUUCAUCACCGUGUCAAAACGGAGGAACCUGCAUCCCGAAUUUCAGCUCCAACACUAUUGACUGUAUUUGUAAAGAAAGUUUCGUUGGAGAAUUUUGCGAAAAAGCUGUAAAAUCAUGCAAGGAAAUAUAUGAGGCAAACAAAUCAAACAUGAGUAAAUUGGUUUCUCUUCAUCUGGGCUCACAGCCAGCUACAGUUCUAUGUCACAUGGGAGAUUUUGGAUGUGGACAUGGAGGAUGGACGCCAGUUAUGAAAAUUAACGGCAACGAGAGUACCUUUCACUAUGAUUCUGGUUACUGGAGUAAUAAAACUGAAUACAACACUGCUGGAGGGGAGACUGGAUUCGACUCACAAGAGACCAAGUUGCCUACUUACUGGGGCACAUCCUUCUCCAAGAUCUGUCUCGGUAUGAAGAUCGGUGAACAGAUCAGAUUCGUUGUAAUCAAUAUGAAGGCCAGCUCUCUUUACUCAUUGAUCGCUGACGGAAAAUACCGAAACACCUCGUUGGGUCGUGACUCGUGGAAAACACUAAUUGGCUCAGAGGCCUCCCUGCAGUCUGACUGUAACAAGGAAGGAUUUAAUGUUCUGUGUAACAAGUCUCAUCACUCCAAAGCGAGAAUCGGCAUCGCUUCUAACAACCAGGAUGACUGCCUCUCUUGCGACUCCAGGAUUGGGUUUGGUACAGGAGGGCAAUUUGAUGACAGUAACACAUGUGGAAACGAGGCUUCUUCUUAUUCACCGGAUAAUGGGGCUAAGCACAUUAAAGCCAGGGGUUACAUUUUGGUUCAUUGAAACCAAAGAAAAACACGUAAAAUUUAUUCAAAUGUUAAGAUUAGAUUCAAAACG